AUGGAUCAUUCAAUCCAACGGCUGUUGAACGACAAGCUCUACGAUAGGAGGAAGCAGGGUGCUCUGGAGCUUGAGAAGAUUGUCCGCGACUCCGUUUUCCAGAACGAGCAUGAGAAAAUACAAAAGAUCGUUGAGCAGCUUUGCCAUGACUAUGCGUACGCCGUGCAUCAGCCCCACGCCCGGAAUGGAGGGUUGAUUGGGUUAGCUGCGGCCUCUAUUGCUCUCGGAUCGGAUGGAGUUGCGCCGUACCUAAGUGAAAUUGUGCCGCCCGUGCUGGCAUGUUUCUCCGAUCAAGAUGCGAGGGUCCGAUACUACGCAUGUGAGAGCAUGUACAACAUCGCCAAGGUUGCCAAGGGAGAAAUCUUGUUAUUCUUCAACGAGAUCUUCGACGCACUGGCAAAGCUUGCAUCGGACUCGGAGCUUUCAGUGAAGAAUGGCGCGGAGCUUCUCGACCGACUUGUGAAAGACAUUGUCGCCGAGUCAGCGGCUUCGUACGUUUCGAUACUACACAUGAAUGAAAAGGAUACGCCGGAGACAGAAAAUCAAGAAGACCCUGAGCUUCCUAUGGCUUUCUCUCUUGCGCGGUUUAUUCCUUUGCUACAAGAGCGCAUUCAUGUGAUUCAGCCGUUCACUCGCAACUUCCUGGUCUCGUGGCUGACACUCUUGGACACCAUUCCCGAUCUAGAGCUAGUGAGCUAUCUACCUGACUUCCUAGAGGGAUUGAUCAAGUUCCUCGGUGGACCAAACAACGAUGUGAACAUCGCAACCCAGGCGUUGCUCGAUCGGUUCCUGCUGGAGAUCAAGCGAAUCACGCGACUUAAGAAGGGCAUCGAAGAAAGCCGCAAGAGCGAAAAGAGCAAAAGACAUUCAGCCGCUAGCGACAACCCGAGCAGUGCUACAGAGCAAAACCUCCAGGCCGAAGGCGCCAUUGACGACAGAAAUGACAUCGCUGUGGAGGAUUCUGCAUCAGAAGCUUCUACCGACGAAUACAUUCAAGCAGAUGGCGACUGGAUUCCGGGUCAGGAUGUUCAAAUCGAUCAUCCAAAGAUUCUAGAUAUCCUUGUCGGCUUUGUCAACACGUUAUAUGAGGAGGAAAUGCAACUGACCGCGCUUCGCUGGAUUGACGCCUUUUUCGAGAUCAGUCCCGAGGACAUCCUUCCAUUUGUUCCCCGACUUUUAACACAAGUGCUGCCCGCCAUGUCCAGCGGCUCAGACUCAGUAGGAGCGGCGGCAAAUCAGGUCAACACAUCUCUCAUGCAGUACAUCUACUCUCUUUCCAGCGACACAACCGAGGAAUUCCAAACAACCUCGUCUAGAGCACCCUUUGCUACAUCCAGCAAAGAGACCAUAGAGCGUCGAUCAUCUACACCUGGCAUCAGACCCUCGGAGACCUCGAGUAUUGACACGAGGAGACACACACGGGAAAAUUCACUCGCGGAAACUCCUCGCAGUAGCAGUGUUUCCACACCGAUGCCUCCCACGGAUCUCGACUACGCGGCUGCCGUCAGCUCUCUCACUCUACAGUUCCUAAAUGAAAACGACAAGACUAGAGUUGCUGCCCUCGGGUGGCUCAUCAUGUUACAUCAGAAAGCCCCGCGGAAGGUCGUGGCCUUCAACGAUGGUACUUUCCCAGCCUUGCUGAAGACCCUGUCUGAUCCUUCAGAUGCUGUUGUGACGAAGGACCUUCAACUUCUCUCUCAGAUUUCGAGGAACAGCGAAGAUAGCUAUUUUACAUCCUUCAUGGUGAAUCUCUUGCAGCUGUUCUCCACCGACAGGCACUUACUUGAAGCGCGUGGAAAUCUGAUCAUCAGACAACUUUGUCUCAACUUGAGUCCAGAGCGUAUCUAUCGGACCUUGGCAGAGUGUCUUGAGAAGGAAGAGGAUCUCGAGUUUGCCAGUAUCAUGGUCCAGAAUCUGAACAAUAACCUAAUCACUGCUCCUGAGCUCUCGGAGCUGCGAAAGAGAUUGAGGAAUCUUGACUCGAAAGAUGGUCAAUUGUUCUUUGUUGCGCUCUUCAGGUCAUGGUGCCACAACGCCGUGUCCACCUUCUCCCUCUGUCUCCUUGCUCAGGCAUAUGAGCAAGCAUACAACCUCCUUCAGAUCUUUGCCGAGUUAGAAAUGACAGUUAACAUGCUGAUCCAAAUCGACAAACUGGUGCAACUCUUAGAAUCUCCAGUCUUCACAUACCUCCGCCUCCAACUCCUCGAACCCGAAAAAUACCCAUUCCUGUACAAAUGUCUCUACGGCGUCCUCAUGCUCCUCCCCCAGAGCUCCGCUUUCGCCGCCCUCAAGAACCGUUUAAACAGCGUCAGCAACAUUGGCUUCCUUCACAGCGGACCCCGCAAGUAUGUCCCUUCUUGCCGUUCCCCGGUCUCUCCCAAGGUUUCUACUCCCCUGUCCAAGAAGGAUGCUGAGACAAUGUUCCCCAGUACCAUCCAAGCCGCCCCUCCAUCAUUUGACCGUACGACUGGCACCCGCCUCAAGACUCGUGAUGAAAACACCAUCCGCUGGGUCGAUCUCCUCGACAAAUUCAAGGCUGUCCAAGAGCGCACCCGUCGCUCGUCUUCCCAGCUCCACCGGAAUCCAGAUGCCCAGAACCCCACCCUGACAGCUGCGCUCUCUGCCGCUGCCGCCGAUGGCUCGAAGAACCGACUUCCCGAUGCUCCACGCGGCGGGCCCUCUGCCCCGGCUGGCAAUAUUGGCGCCGGACCAGCUGCCGGACGCACUGUGGAUCAUGGAGCGAAAGGCAGUUCCAUCCUUGGAGCUGCACACAAACACAAGUCCAGUCUUCCGAACCUAGGACGGCUAGGCAUUGGAGGCCGCAAGAAGAAAUAG